UCGUCGGAUGCAGCGUGCACGGAGGAAAUCAAGGAAAUACUCCCUGCUCUUUUUUCAUCUUUCUUGGAAGGCUUUUUAGGAAAAGAAAACUAAAUUCAUUUACUCUUCUUUCAAGAAGAAUCAACUGAAGAUGAAGCCGAAGAUAAAAUUCGAAGAAUGUCUGCGAGAUUCACCGAAAUUCAGGUCAGCUCUUGAAGAUGCAGAGGCAGAUAUCUCGGAUCUGGAGCAUAAACUUGAAAAGCUGGUGAAGCUGUGCAAUAUCAUGGUAGAUGCAGGAAAGGCAUACAACAAUGCUUUCGGGUCUUUUAUAACAGGUACUAAUGAGAUUAUGAAGUACUUCAAAGGAGACGAUACCGUACAGGACUACCUCCUGAAAUUCAUGGGUGCCAUGAAUGAGACCAGAAAUUACCAAGCGAUACUUGAGGAUCAGGCACUAAGAGCCGUCUCUAAAAGUCUGAGCACUUUCAUUAAAGGAGACUUGAAGAAGGUCAAGGAAGCAAAGCGAUUGUUUUACAAGAUCAGUGACGACUACGACAAUGCCUUACACAAGAAUGCCCAGACUGUCCGGACUAAACCGCUGGAAGCGGAAGAAACUCUCAACGUCCUCACUGCAACUCGUUCCGCCUUUGGUCACACUGCGCUCGAUUAUGUGUUUCAGAUCAACAUUGUCCAGUCCAAAGAGAGACAUGAAGUUCUUAACACGUUGCUGUCCUUCAUGCAUGCCCAGUUCACAUUCUUUCAUCAAGGUUAUGAUCUUCUAAAGGAUCUCAACCCAACCUUCAAGGAACUAGGCAACAAGCUUCAAGGAAUGACCACCAAGGCAAGUACUGAGAAGAGAAAAAUGGAAGACAGACAUUCACUGGUCCAAGAAAUGGAUACCUUGUGGAACAUGACCUUUGACCCGAGCAAGACCCCUAUUAUGGAAGGUUACCUGUACAAACGGGCAACGAAUGCAUUCAAAACAUGGCACAGACGAUGGUUUACAAUAAAGGACAACCAACUGAUAUAUCAGAAAAGAUCUAAGGGUCAAGUGAGCAUAGCUUCCGAUGAUCUUAGACUGUGCAAUGUAAAACCGUUAGAUGAGAUAGAUAGACGAUUCUGCUUUGAAGUGGUCUCACCUGGCAAAACCACGGUGCUUCAAGCCGAUAAUGACAACAUCCGUCACGCCUGGAUUCAGGCGUUACAAGCCGGUAUUAACUCGGCUUUCAACAGUCCUAUCGCUAAGACUCCACCUGCUGCCUUAGAGAGAGAGGUCAGUGCUUUUGAUAAUGCUUCACCUUCUCCUGUCAGUAUCCAACUCUCCAAUGAGUCUAAGAAAGAAGGGAUUCGAGCUGAGAUCAUGGCUAUGCCAGGAAAUGACAAAUGCUGCGACUGUAAAGCUGACAAUCCUAAAUGGGCAAGCAUCAAUCUUGGUAUCACAUUGUGUAUAGAAUGCUCUGGUGUCCACAGAAGUCUUGGUGUCCACAUAUCAAAGGUCAGGUCAUUGCUACUUGACCAAUGGGAACCAGAAACAUAUCAGGUGAUGUUGAAACUUGGUAACACAAUAAUAAACAGGAUUUAUGAAGCUGAUCUGAGUGAUCUAUCAUUGGUCCACCCUUCACCAGGAUGUAACAGCAAUGUUCGUGAGAGCUGGAUCAAAGCAAAGUAUGUCCAGCACCAGUUUCUUGCCAAGAGGUUAACGAAGCCCAUCGUGAAGAGGAGAAGAAAAAGAAGAGGAAAGAGACAGAGUCAGAGUCAUCUGGCAUCAGCAGAUAAGAUGUCACUUGGAAGUAGGAGCAGUGAUGGUGCGACGGGCGAUGAUGAAGAGGGUGGUGAUGUGAGGAAUGGAAUGGGAAAAGCAGGCGUGUCAAAUGACAGUGGUCUUGGAGGAAGCAUAGACAAGAUACCACCUGAUUUAAACCAUGAUGAAGGACUCGUAACAAGUGACAGCUCAGAAGGAGAAUUAGAAGUACCUACUUCACCCUUAGAAGGGGAUCCUAUCACCGCACAAGAACUGCUCUAUCUGGGAGCCUGUAAUAACAGUGAACAGGUGAUGAUGAAUGCAAUAGCACACUUGGCAGAUAUUAACAAACCUGAUCAUAAUGAUGAUAUGAGAACGGCAUUACAUAAAGCUGUAUCAUUGGGAAGUUUAACUUCAGUGGAAUCCCUUCUACUGAACGGUGCCAAAGUGAACAUACCUGAUGCAAAUGGAAGGACAAUACUCCACUUAGCUACCAUGCUGGGAAAUACAGGGCUGGUAUGUUUGUGUUUAAAGAGAGGUGCAGAUCAAAAUGCAAAAGACAGUGAUGGACAGAACCCUCUGCAGAUCGCCAUCACAACAACCAAUGCAGAUAUAGUCACAUUGCUCCGGUUAUCUAAACUGAAUGAGGAGAUGAAGGACGCUGAGCUCGGCAAUCCCAACGAUGAAACGUUCCAAGAUGUCUUCCAAGAUUUCACAAACCUUGCCCAAUACGACCCUCAGAAACUCAAUCGGAAUAGAUCAAGCGAUGAUAUGGUAUAGUGACAACCUAAGAUCAAAGACUGUGAAUUCUUGAGAAGCGAAGUGUUCAGUAUCUUCCAAGAUUUCACAAACCUUGCCCAAUACGACCCUCAGAAACUCAAUCGGAACAGAUCAAGCGAUGAUAUGGUAUAGUGACAACCUAAGAUCAAAGACUGUGAAUUCUUGAGAAGCGAAGUGUUCAGUAUCUUCCAAGAUUUCACAAACCUUGCCCAAUACGACCCUCAGAAACUCAAUCGGAAUAGAUCAAGCGAUGAUAUGGUAUAGUGACAACCUAAGAUCAAAGACUGUGAAUUCUUGAGAAGCGAAGUGUUCAGUAUCUUCCAAGAUUUCACAAACCUUGCCCAAUACGACCUUCAGAAACUUAAUUCAAUCAGAUGAAGCAAUGAUACAGUAUGACAACCUAGGAUCAAAGACUAUGAAUUUUUGAGAAGCGAAGUGUUCAAUAUUUUCUUUGAAGUGGAUCUACAUGCCUGCCUUAUUGUUUGAUUAGGUGGAUAUCUGGAGGCAGAGUAGCUCAUUACUUUAAUGAGUGGAGAAAUUAGUUGGGUUUUUUUUUUCAGAAUCAGGGAAAUUCACCCGUUUUGGGUAACUUUUGUGCUUCGUAGUACAAGCUUCAGCGGACCACUAUCGUAGCUAGCUUACAAUUAAAGAUUGCUUUGUGAUUCUGUUAAAAUUCAUUAUCAUGCCAAUAAGAUUAGAAUUUUAAGUACAUCUUGGAACUCAUCCUGCCUUGACAAGGAUUUGAACCUAGGUGCCUGUCUUGCAUGACCGCUGCUCUACCAACAGAGCUACCUGAGCUAUUGCCGAGACAAUUUAGCAUUCUCACAUUAGCCGGUCUCUUGUUAUACCAUGAAAAGUUCAGCCAUUGUUGCAUCAUUCAAAAGAUAAAUGCAGUUCACAUACAAAUAUUCAUGUAAAACCCAAAAUAAUCAAUUUACUAGUGGGUUAUUUAGUUUCUAUCAAAUACAUGUAAUCAAAUUAUUCGGACAGGUAGAAUUUCACUUCAUCACCUUAAUGCAAAUCAUUUACAGGAAAUAUUUAUUUUCAAAAAAUUUUCAUACUGGAUUUUAAAAUUUUAUUUGAAGUUUGUAUUUUCAUAAUGUAUUCUUUAAAGUAACUCACUCAUUCUUUGAAUGAAAUGAGCAAUAAAAUGUAGAGAAAUAUACAUGUAGUUGUAAAUAAAUUGAAUCCAAUAAAUGAAUUUGUACAUGCAGGCAAAGAAUUACUCGGUACCAGUAAUUGUCAACAUGGUGAAUAAUUAGCCACCAUGUAUACUGAUGAUUAGAUGUCGUAAGCAAUUUAGAUGUAGCUAUCUUUUUUAAAUUGAAAUUGAGAAGAGAUAUAUUUCUAUAAACCUUCUGCAUAUGACAUCACAAUCUCAUAGCGCCCUCCCUCAGAGGAUAUAGGAAUGUGUAUAAACGGAGUUGUCAGAGUUGCACCAGCUGCAGAUCACCAACACAUGCAAGGCAAUGGAUUCAGCCUCUAAGAUGGCGGUACAAUGAUGUCAAAGCAUAUAGGUCUGAUAAGUGCCAUGGAAGUGUUGGUACAUCCCAUCGCUUGAAAGCUAAAGGUGUUUUUAUAUUGCCUGAUCUUGCACCAUUAAAUUUGCUUUAGUAUGUUUGGGGACGAAUGAAAUCACUGAAUAUAAAGAAAAUCAAUUCUUGUUAAAUUAACAUCUCUACAAAGUAUGGUAUUUGGUUUUGAGAAAAAGACAGUAAGAAAGAGAGAGAGAGAGAGAGAGAUAGUAUGAUAAUAUAUUCUGUGCACUUUGGGUCCUGUGUCAUAAAGACUUGUUACAGUAACAAUUUCAGAAUUUCUAUAGCAAAUUUACUAUCGGCCAAUCAGAUACAAUUAUUUCAAUAGCUUUUAACUGUUUUUGUAAAUUUGUUAUUGCAACAAGUUUCAUGAAACGGGUCCCUGAACUGGCAAGGUGCACAAAACAUGCACGGACCACCCUGUAUGAGUUCAUCAAGCAGCUUUUCUUGGGUGAUUUAUGAGCAAAUUGUGUUUCGAGCCACGAUUACACGAACUGUUGACCAAUUGUGGAGCAGCAAGGUUUAUCGUAUGUAAAAUAUGACUAUUUAAAGCAUGGACCUGCAUUUUGAUACUCAAGAAGUUUUAUCAUAAUUUGUCAUUUCUUCGUGAUGAAAAGUACUAUGAUUAAUGUAUGUCAUACGCACUCACACUCAGUGACUUUUGUGUGCAUUAUAUAAAUAUAUAUAUGUGUAAAUAUAUCCUAUCAUAUCUUAUUACAUGUAUACAAAUAUCUUGCCUUGAU